UUGAUGGUUUUUCCUGGAACAGUUUUGCUUAAAAAGCCUUUGUAUGAUAAUAGAGAUACGCAGGCGCAAUCUGGCGAUAGAUCGGGAUUGAGAGCAGAUGAAUCUACCAAAGUGGAUGAUAGAUUCUGUGCCGACAAGUUCAAAAAGCAAUUCAUUGAAAAUGACAUUGUAGAAUGUAAUAAGUUAACAGAAUUUGAAUGCAGUACUAAAGUUAAGGUUAUUGAUGGCGAUAUAGGAGUAGAUGGUAUGUCGUCAGUAGGCAUAGAAGAAUCUUCUGAAGUAGAUUUUAAUUCUAGAGAGCUCAUUGAAAAAUAAAUUGACAAAUUAUGAAU